GUUGGCCUCAUUUCCUUCCCACUUCCCACCCGCCACCAUGAAGGCAUUCACUUGCAUCCAACUCGUCAAGCCGGGCAUAAUCUACCCUCUGCUUACAGUUUUCGUGGUAUUCUGACCAGAGACAGCAGACGAAGAACAUCGGUGUGAGUAACCGAUGCCAGCCAUUUAGAUCACUGCCAUUGCUAGUCAGCAAUUGCCGAACCGUGGGUGAAAAUCAUUCCAUAUGAUGCCGACGAUACUACCUUGCCCUCUUACCUCCACCCAAGCUAAUUCCUACACGGAUCCUAGUAUGGGCGAUUCCAACCACUCGACAAUGACGAUAAAAUGGAGACACAAGAACGACCUGAAUUUUUCCUCCUCUUGACUGGUCCCGUCUGAAUGUCAACCAUCUCCUGGAUAGGGUGGAGAUGCAAGCCGGUCAAUCUCUGCCCGCGUGACAGCAGAUCAAUCUAACAGUACGCAAAAGUGUACCUACUUUCCAUCUGAUUUUCUUCCCGUGGCUCUGGUGCAGUAGCAAAUCCUUUCGACCUUUCCCCAAAUCUACACCGUCAGACGCACCGAGGUCGGUUCCCUGCCCUGUGCAGAUAAAGCCCGUCAAAUUCUCCGUGGGGUCCCCAGUCGCAAAGAUAUAAAGAGCAGCUGGGCAGACGACCAGCGCGGGGACGCUUUCCCACUACCACCUCAUUUCAUUGUUUCGGGCCUGGCACCCUAACAGACCUUUUCUGCGAUUGGGCUCGGCGCAUCGCACGUCCAGCACGUGGGGCCCUGCGAUUCUCGUAGUCUUGGGCCUCUGGUCGCUCAUCGAUAACUUUUUCAAAUUUCAGCGGCCCAUAGGGUCGGACAACCCACCAAUAUCAACGGACGAGAAGAAGGAUAGCCACAAGCAUGGCUGAGAAGGCGAUCGAAGAGGACACCAUUGCUCGUGGGCCGUCCAAAGGCACCCCAGAAAACCCACUCCAUUUUCCGGAAAAGGACCACCUCCCUCACACUAGACAUGUGGACGAGGUGGUUGCCAAUGCCUCCAGGGCCACCGAGAAGGAGCACAACAUGAGCUUGUGGCAGGGUAUCAAAUUGUAUCCCAAGGCUGUGGGCUGGAGCAUGUUGAUCUCAACCUGUAUCGCUAUGGAGGGAUACGACGUAUGUCUGCUGAGCAAUUUCUACGCCUUCCCACAAUUUCAGAGAAAGUAUGGCGAACAGCUUCCGGAUGGCAGCUGGCAAAUACCUGCACCUUGGCAAUCAGGUCUCAGCAACGGUGCCAAUGUGGGUGAAAUUAUCGGACUAUUCAUCAAUGGUUGGGUAUCAGAACGCUUCGGUUAUCGCUACACAGUCAUGACAUGUCUGAUGUUGAUCGUCGUCUUUACGGCAGUCUUCUUCACUGCGCAGACAGUAGUCGCAUUGCAAGUCGCAGAAAUCUUGUGUGGCAUUCCGUGGGGUAUUUUUCAAACGCUCACCAUCACCUAUGCCAGCGAAGUCUGCCCCGUUGCUCUCAGAGGAUACUUGACCACCUAUGUCAACUUUUGCUGGGGACUAGGGCAAGUUAUCGGCAUUGGAGUCAUCAAAUCCAUGCUUCCUCGACAAGAUCAAUGGUCGUAUCGCAUCCCGUACGCGCUGCAGUGGAUGUGGCCGGUUCCGCUCUUUAUCGGCAUCUUACUCGCCCCAGAAAGUCCAUGGUGGCUUGUUCGAAAAGGUCGGCUCGAAGAUGCUAAGAAAGCGUUGCUCCGUCUGACCUCUCUGAACCGGGAGACCAACUUCGAUGCUGACGAGACAAUCGACAUGAUGGUCCACACCACGGCUCUUGAGGAGAAAAUCACCAGAGGCGCUUCCUACUUGGAUUGUUUCAGGGGCACAGAUCUUCGACGAACUGAAAUUGUGUGCAUGGUGUGGGCGAUUCAAAACCUGUCAGGCAAUUCGUUCUCGGGCUACUCGACCUAUUUCCUCGAACAAGCCGGUCUGGACCCUUCCACAUCAUACGACUUCGCCCUUGGGCAGUACGGAAUCAACAUGGCUGGCGUGUUUGGCGCGUGGUUCCUCAUGACCUGUGGUAUCGGCAGACGAUCACUUUAUCUGUAUGGCCUUUGCGGACUGUUUUCCAUGCUUCUCAUCCUAGGCUUUCUCGGUCUUGUCCCCGACGCGCACAGGAAGGAAGCUUCUCUUGCCACAGGAUCCAUCAUGCUGGUGUGGGCGUUGUGCUAUCAGCUGUCCGUCGGAACUGUCUGCUAUUCCCUGGUCGCCGAACUCUCCACUCGCCGCCUGCAGAUCAAGACUGUUGUCUUGGGUCGAAACUGUUACAACAUCGUUGGCAUCGUCUGCUCCGUGCUAACCCCGUACAUGCUUAAUCCGGGCGAAUGGAACUGGCAAAAUUAUGCCGGGUUCUUCUGGGCCGGGAUUUGUUUCCUCUGCAUCAUUUACACCUACUUCCGCCUGCCCGAGCCGGCCGGCCGCACAUUCGCAGAACUGGAUUUGCUAUUCGAACGAGGCGUCAGCGCAAGGAAAUUUGCCAGCACCCAGGUCGAUGUUUUCGAUGCGGUUACGGUCCAAGAAACUGUUGAGGGCACUGGAACGAUGAGAGCUUACGAGCAGAGGCGCAGCAGUCUCUUGCAAGGUGAGGAAACCGCAUUGCCUCCGAGAUCGCUCCCUCGAGAAGCAUUCUCUUGAGAAACAUCCUCCAAGGGGCGUCUGCCGGGCACGACGGCUGUGGUUCAUCUCAAGUUCUUGAUUUUACGUUCUACAAGAAAACUUCCAACGGCAAAACAGCGAUGAGAUUAUGCCAUGCGAUGACUAUGCAGCCAGCUUCCAGCCAAAAAGCUCAAUCUGCUAUAAGGCCACAUAUGGAUCCGCUGCGCUGAGACUCAGCAGCCGAGAAUGUUUCAUCGCAUACAGUAUAUCAGUAUAAAUAAGACAACAGGGAAUAUCGGAUGACAAAUUUCGCACACUGAGAUGCAAUGUGGAAAUUGAAUUUCACGCGCAUCUUCCUUUCACUCAGUCACAUCGGUUGACAGUGCACCAGCCUGCCUCACACGCACGUCCUCGACAAGAUCGAAUGGCUUUCGUCAAGUCCCUUCAAUUGCAGACUUCAAGCCUUGAACAUGACUCACUGUACAUUUCUUGCCGAGUCGCUCGAUCUCGAAACACCAGUGUCUCAGAGUCUCUAUGGUAUCGCAGUGCUCGACUUCCGCGCCAUUCAAUUUGCUGCCUUUCCUUCGCCGUGAUCGCGGCUUUCCCGAGAAUCUGUUGUUGCGUGCUCCGCUUAACUAUCAUUCAAGAGUGUCACCGUCUUCUAUGGAAACCUUAGGGCUCAUCGCCAUUCCGAGCCAGAUGCUGCC